CACACACUGACGUCUUUUGCGCAUUUCCUGCAUUAGAGGGAGGGAGACUCGCUCGCACACCGACCGAGGGAGAAGAGACCGUGGGGGAGAGCGGGCUGGCGGGCAGCGAGCGAGCGGCAGGCGAGAGCUGGGACGCUGGGAGCGCGGCGGGCGGGCGCUGGCGCCCAGGAGGUGGGGCCGCGCCGAGUCGCAGUCCCGGCCCCGCCGCCGCGCUGCGCACCGCCGGGUGCCGGCCUGCGCCCCGAUCCCGAACGGCGGCCACCCGACUCCUGAGCCCGMGCGACUGUAAGAUUCCGGUCUCCUGGCGCCUCCCGAACGCCGGCUGCGGCACGGCUCUGCUUCGAUCAGAAGGCGGCGGCCGGGCUGGCUGUGUGGCUUGUGGAUUUUUAAAAAUUUGGCUCCGAGGAGGACCAUUUCCUCUCGACAUGCAUCCCUCCGGAUAGACUGCACAUCCCUCGGUCCACUCCCCGCCCCGCGCGGUCAGAGGCAGGCGCUGGGUGGGCGAAGAGGAUCCGGGUUGAAAUCUGCGCCCCCGGUUCUCGUCCCCGCCCCGUUCUACCGCCCCCUCCCCCUCCCGGAGUCGAAAUUUCCCGGGGAUUAUGUUUCGGAAAGGUAGGUAAGCGCCGGGCGCGGCGCCCGCUUCCCGGCACCCGGACCCGAGAGCCAGCGAGGCGGCGAGGCAGCCCCCUCGGCUUGCGGUGGAGUCCACAGCUCGUCUUCUCUUCUGGAGGUGCCGCUGGUGGUAGGGGGGGAGAGACUUGCUCCAAACACGGACGUCUCCCGGCUCUCCCCCCCUCCCUGUUUUCCGUUAGGAACCCGGCGAGGAAAUACAUGCACUCGCUGAGAAUCGCCGGCGCCCGGGCGCAACGCCACAAGGUGUAGGGAGUGAGUUGGGUGGAGCAAGAGGGGACCCAGGAGUCCCCGUGGCUCAGAGCGCCCGCGGUCUGUUCUUCAUUCCGGCCUUCGGGGCGGACGGAGUGACCUCGGCCCCCACUCCCCGCCCCGACCAUGGUAGURUUCAAUGGCCUUCUUAAGAUCAAAAUCUGUGAGGCCGUGAGCUUGAAGCCCACAGCGUGGUCGCUGCGCCAUGCGGUGGGACCCCGGCCACAGACUUUCCUUCUCGACCCCUACAUCGCCCUCAACGUGGACGACUCGCGCAUCGGCCAAACCGCCACCAAACAGAAGACUAACAGCCCGGCCUGGCACGAUGAGUUCGUCACGGAUGUGUGCAAUGGGCGCAAGAUUGAGCUGGCCGUCUUUCACGAUGCCCCCAUCGGCUACGAUGACUUCGUGGCCAACUGCACCAUCCAGUUUGAGGAGCUGCUGCAAAACGGGAGCCGCCACUUCGAGGACUGGAUUGAUCUGGAGCCAGAAGGAAGAGUAUAUGUGAUCAUCGAUCUCUCAGGGUCGUCAGGCGAAGCCCCUAAAGACAAUGAAGAGCGUGUGUUCAGGGAGCGUAUGCGGCCAAGGAAGCGGCAAGGGGCCGUCAGACGCAGGGUCCACCAGGUCAAUGGCCACAAGUUCAUGGCCACCUACCUUCGGCAGCCCACCUACUGCUCCCACUGCAGAGACUUCAUCUGGGGUGUCAUAGGAAAGCAGGGAUACCAAUGUCAAGUUUGCACUUGCGUCGUCCACAAGCGAUGCCAUGAGCUCAUCAUCACCAAGUGCGCUGGAUUAAAGAGACAGGAAACACCYGACGAGGUGGGCUCACAGCGGUUCAGCGUCAACAUGCCCCACAAGUUUGGGAUCCACAACUACAAAGUCCCUACCUUCUGUGACCACUGUGGGUCCUUGCUCUGGGGCCUCUUGCGGCAGGGUUUGCAGUGUAAAGUCUGCAAAAUGAAUGUUCACCGUCGAUGUGAGACCAAUGUGGCUCCCAACUGUGGAGUGGAUGCCAGAGGGAUCGCCAAAGUGCUGGCGGACCUAGGUGUCACUCCGGACAAAAUCACCAACAGUGGCCAGAGGAGGAAAAAGCUUGUUGCUGGUGCCGAGUCCCCACAGCCAGCUUCUGGAAGCUCCCCAUCUGAAGAAGAUCGAUCCAAGUCAGCACCCACCUCCCCUUGUGACCAGGAACUAAAAGAACUUGAAAACAAUAUCCGGAAAGCCUUGUCGUUUGAUAACCGAGGGGAGGAGCACCGAGCAUCAUCGUCCACGGACGGCCAGCUGGGGAGCCCUGGUGAGAACGGUGAAGUCCGGCAAGGCCAGGCCAAGCGUUUGGGCCUGGACGAGUUCAACUUCAUCAAGGUGUUGGGCAAAGGCAGCUUUGGCAAGGUCAUGUUGGCAGAACUCAAGGGCAAAGAUGAAGUAUAUGCUGUGAAAGUCUUAAAGAAGGAUGUCAUCCUUCAGGACGAUGAUGUAGACUGCACGAUGACAGAGAAGAGGAUUUUGGCACUGGCAAGGAAACACCCAUACCUAACCCAACUCUAUUGCUGCUUCCAGACCAAGGACCGCCUCUUUUUCGUCAUGGAAUAUGUGAAUGGUGGAGACCUCAUGUUCCAGAUUCAGCGCUCCCGAAAAUUUGACGAGCCUCGUUCACGAUUCUAUGCUGCCGAGGUCACGUCGGCCCUCAUGUUCCUGCACCAGCAUGGCGUGAUCUACAGGGAUUUGAAACUGGACAACAUUCUUCUAGAUGCAGAAGGUCACUGCAAACUGGCCGACUUUGGGAUGUGCAAGGAAGGGAUUCUGAACGGCGUGACAACCACCACAUUCUGUGGCACUCCCGAUUACAUAGCUCCCGAGAUCCUGCAGGAGUUGGAAUAUGGCCCCUCAGUGGACUGGUGGGCCCUGGGAGUGCUGAUGUAUGAGAUGAUGGCUGGGCAGCCCCCCUUUGAGGCUGACAACGAGGACGACCUGUUUGAGUCCAUCCUCCAUGAUGAUGUGCUGUACCCAGUCUGGCUCAGCAAGGAGGCCGUCAGCAUCUUGAAAGCCUUCAUGACCAAGAACCCCCACAAGCGCCUGGGCUGUGUGGCUGCGCAGAACGGUGAAGAUGCCAUCAAGCAGCACCCCUUCUUCAAGGAGAUCGACUGGGUGCUCCUGGAGCAGAAGAAGAUCAAGCCGCCCUUCAAACCGAGAAUUAAAACCAAAAGAGAUGUCAAUAACUUUGACCAAGACUUUACUCGGGAAGAGCCGGUGCUCACACUUGUGGAUGAAGCAAUAGUGAAGCAGAUCAACCAGGAGGAAUUCAAAGGCUUCUCCUACUUCGGGGAAGACCUCAUGCCUUGAGAAGCCUCCGCAUACACGUGAAGUUUGCUGAUGCUGUAAGGAGCGCUGAGAAGACCCUGUGUGCAGAGGCUCAGAAGAUCUCGAACUAUUUCUCCUCCCUGGAGCCCCAGUCCCAUGUCCACUCUCUAUUUAUUGCAUCCCCAUACCCCAGGCCACCUCCUACCCCAUCCCCCCCAUAUCGUCCUGGUGACCAGAAGACAUUCUUGGUUCUUGCCCCACCAGGAACACAGACUCCAGUUGGGUCGGCAAUUAGCUGUAUAAGCUACCAUGUUCAGAUUGUCAGCAAGCCUGGUUCCACUCCUUAGGGGCUCCCGGCGGUGAAGCAACUUCAGUUCUUUUACCACAAAGGAAAAAAAAAAAUCAAACAAGAAGACUCUGGCUCUGCCAUUGGAUGUAGAAUCCUGACACCUCUUGCUUCUCGUCCCUCCUGUGCCCUGGCUUGACAUCCCUGCCCUCUGCCCAGGAGAAGAGACUGGUGCUUCUUCCACAUGAGGGCAGAUGCCCUCAAGGCAUCUCAUAUGGAGGGAGCCCAGGGGAUGCCCAGGCUGGCAAGCUGUAUUGGUUUGCUCCAAAAUGGACCAUUUUUGCUUGCUUUGGUCUUUUGAGCAUGCCAAAGUCAUGUAAGUUUGUAUCUCAUGGAAGAAAUCUUUGUAGAAAACAUAAUUUUGAUUUUUGAACUCCAUUAACAUUUGAAAUUAUAUUAUCCAAUUUACUUUCUAAUUGGCCAAAAGAUAGAAUUUCCAGUGUGAAUUCAGGUAGACAUUAAAGGGCUAUUGUACAAUGAGAAUUCAGUCGUCCAAAGUUUGUGCUGUUGAUGCUUUAGUGACACAUGGGAGCUCUGUGAGUGGAGAGAAAAGGAAGCAAAGUAACAUUCCUCAUCACUGCAAUUCUACCUGAACACAAAGGCCACCACAGUGAUGACCAAGACCCUGGGGUUCUUGUGAAACUCAGCUCCCAAAUUCUCUCUCCAGGUUCAUCCUAAGUUCUCAGCAUAAAUGCUAUUUAUUUUCUGCAGCCGUGUGUUAUUUURGCACACUUCUACAAAAUGAUAGUACUACUGUGUUGUGGUUUUUAAACAUUAAACAUGUAAAGUUAAACAUGAAAUAUCUGCUUUUGGAACAAGUGGAACAAGGCUCAAUGUGGAUUAGGCAGAGGGUGGCAGGAGAUGGAAGAGCAACUUUUUUGAAAACUGACAAUGUGGCAAGAUAUGUACCGGGAAUUUUAUUUCUGAGUGACAUGCGAUGGCAACUCAUGUAGACACUUCAGUGGACUUGAUGUUACCUCCUGUAGAUAUGCUAACAGUGUUACAUUCUUUGAUUUCCAAGGGUUCUCUGUGGCUUUGUGUGUAUGUUUCCCCAAGGUCACUUGAUUACCUAUUUUACUGAACUGAUUUAGCAGGGAAUGGAAUCCAUUCCAACUGUUGCACGUGGAUUUCCCAGCUGCCCCUAAAUAUAUAUACUUGUGAGUGGCAGAGUGGCACUAAUGAAGCUUUUUGCCUUUUGUACAUUUGAGAUUUUUGUAUAUAGUGUUUGCUGCAGGCCUGUGGAAUUAAUUCAUUGAAUAUAGAGGUAUCAACUGCUGCAUGUUCAGGCAUAUUAUAAAACUUUAGUCUAUGAAAGAAUAAUUAUAAUAAUGUCCAGGUGCAAUACUCUAUAAGUGUAUUGGUUCAAGUUACCGAAAGAUAGGUGUGUUCCCAGCGGUAGGGAGGGGGGUUCUUUGUAUUGUUUAUUUUAAAAGAUGUAAACAUAUGUUAAGCUAUUAAGCUAUAUUAAGUUUCACAUAUAGUUCUCCUGUGCUCUGUUMUAUCCUGAUGGAGUCAGGAAAGAGAAAGGAAUGUUUUUAAUGGUGGUUUCAAAGCUUGGACAGUGACUAUUUUGAGCCCUUAGAGAAUGUGUCCCUAUUUGCAUCGUCAUUGCAUUGUUACUAAUGACGACAUUUUAGUUCUUUUGUUUUUAUUUUUAAAAAACUCAGGUGUAAUUAUCUGUUCUUAUGAUGAUUGCAAAUAUUAAAUAUUAUGCUCUAUCAGUCCUCGUGUUUGGCAUACCAGUGAAUUGAUGAAGAACAUUAGAUUAACUUAAUUUAUCUUCGGUAACUUGACAUACCGGGGCAGACUAUCUUCUAGGGUGGAGUACAAGCACAGAAACAUCUUCAUGGUGGCAUCAUCUCAUUUUUUAGGAAGACACGACGAUUCACCUGUCAUACUCAUGCAUAACUACUGCUCUCUUUCUUUCUUCUGCUUCUUUUAUCAUUAUGGACUUUGGACAAGCUAGUCACCGCACUCCACAAUGCCCAAUGGCCUUGUCUGAGGGUUUGACAGUGUCUGCAUGGCAGAGGGGGUUCAGCCCUUCCUACAGGACAACUGGCAUUUUUUUUUUCUGGGAAGUCAAAUAGUACAUUCCACCUGGCAGCUGAAGUAGCCAGCCUGCUCCUUUCCAGCACUCAGAGCCGGGCUGGCUGGGAUGCCUCAGCCUGAUGAAGUUCUCACACAGGCAGGUGAAAUCCAACCUAAACUAGAGAAAAAGGCUUGUGGGUUUCUUCAUAUUUCCUAUUUCAUUUUCAACAAGAGUUUGGAAGUGGACAUACUGUUACAUUUCUGCUAGUUCUUUAUAAUUCAUUCUCUCCCUCCCUCUUUCUUUCUGUCUCUCUCUCUCUCCUCUCUCUCUUCUUCUCUCUCUCUCUCUCUUC